GGCUUGUUUAUAUUUCACAGGCUUUUUUUUCUCUCUCUUUUUUCCCCCUUCCUGUUAAAUAGGAGCGCUUCUGCCUUUUGACAACAUCUGCUUUUCUUCCUUCUCUCUUUUACUCGUCAAGUAGAUCGUCUUGCGAAAGUACUUUUGCUCAUAUCAUGACUCAACGUAAGAAGCACCAUCAUCAUCAAAAUGGCAAUGGUCUUGCCCAUAAGAAAGAGGUCGUCGAACAACAACGCAAUGGCCACGUUAAUGAAUCGGAAAACGCACCAACCAGUUUUGUGACGCGUAUGACAUCCCUCCCUAUUCUCAAGGACUCGAUCACCACUGUCCAUGAUUACGCCAACAAGAGCAGUAUCGGAAGAUAUGCCCUCAGUACCGCCGAGUCUACUUAUGAAUCCGCCAAGAAGUACUCGAGUCAACAGCCCUAUGUUCAAAAUGCUUAUCAGACCUAUGUUCAACCUCAGUUGGAGAAAGCCGAUGCACUAGGCUGCAAGUCACUCGAUUUCCUCGAAACCAAAGUCCCCUUAGUGACUAAGCCAACCAAUGAAAUCGUUGACACCAUUAAAAAACCUUCUUAUGCUUACAUCGAUGGCGUCAAGGUUAAAAUUGACACGACCAUCACUCAAGUUACUGCACCAGCUACUAAUGCUGCCAAAGGCGUCAAUCGACGUCUUAGUCUUGUCAUUGACAAUGUUGCAGCGACUGUUGACAAAUAUUUGCCACCUACAGAGCAGGUCGGCGCUUCUGAAGGCAAGGCUACCUCUGAUAACAAGGACACCUCGGCUGAAGGUGAAAACCAGGCUGUCCGUGCUUACAAGUUGGCUGGUAGCGUUUCAACCCGACUUCGUGAACGUGUUCAGACCACCAUCACCACAGCCAGUGCUCAUGUCCCUCGUUCACGCCAAGAUGUAGUCAACGAGACCAACUUUGUAUUGCAGAGUGCCCAGGAUCAAGUCCGUAACUUGAAUGCGACUCUUAUCCAAUGGAUCCAUUUGUCCACUCAGGCUGCUCAGCAACGUAUCCCCCCUUCCAUUACUGAAGGUGUUCAUAGCAUGAGUGUUACCACCAACCAGCGCUUGAACGAUAUCACGCACCAACUGGCCACCCAACUUACUGGAUUGGUUUCUUUUGUUCAAACUCAUUCCCCCAGCCUUCCUCCUUUUCUUCAACAACGCCUUCAACCUAUCUUUGACCUGGCCAGUAAUGAGUACGAAAUUGUCCGUGCUGAAUACGAAAAGCCUGAUUUGACCAAUGUUCAAAAGGCAAAGAAUAUUGUUCAAGUUCUUCAAAAUCAACUCCUUCCAUUCCUUCAGAAUUUGCAAUCACACCUUCACCAGUACGCUGACUUGACCAGAAAGAACAUUGCCAAUGACCUUAGAACUCGCCUCGAGACCAUUGGUGUUAUCCAAACUCAAUAACCGUUUUUCUCUCCCCAGCCUACUUUGAUAUCCCCCCACUCCCGCUAUUAUUACUCUUCUCUCCAUAUGUGCUCACUUUUUUCCUCAACUUCAUUACUACAUCGGUGAUGCCUCCUAUUCUCUUUCACAUCCAAAUUUUAACUUUUUUUUUUAUACAUCGAUCUUCUUCACUCUGCUUGGUGUAUGUCAUUACAUGUGAUAUUUUGUGCUCUAAAGGUUUGUUGGAAAAAACC